AUGCAACGAUUGAAAAGAUUACUAUUUUCUAAUAGUGAAAAUAAUAGAGAUGAUUCACAAGCAUCCAUUGAUGAAAUUAAUAAUAUAAAAACAAAACAACAAUAUAAAACACUUGUUUUAUUCGGAAGUGGUGGUUCUGGUAAAUCUUCAAUAUUUAAAAAAUGUGUAAAUAUUAAAGAAGAUUCAAUACUAUUAGUAUAUUCAAUUUUAUUAAAAUUUUAUAGUUGGAAAUAUAUUCCUAAUUUAAAAUCUAAAUUGACUAAUCAGGAAAAUGUUAAACUUUAUGAAACAAAUUUAGAAUUAUUACCACAUCAUAUUGAAAAAACUCAUUGGACAGUAGAUGUUGCAAAUGCUGUAUUUAAAGUAUAUUGGGAUAUUGGAUUACAAAAAGAAUUAUUAAAUUAUAGAUUUCAAAUUCCAUUUUGGGAAAGUAUUCAAUAUUUUAUGAAAAAGGAAAAUUUUGAUAAAUUACUGGAUUUGAAUAAUUGUGAUUUAAAUGAUGAAGAUUUAUUUUUUGCAAGUUUUAAAACAGUAGGAAUUCAUUCUUUACCAUAUAAAUUAAAUGAAAAUCAAAUAAUUAUUGACACAGGUAAAUAUUAAAACAUUUAUAUUUAUAACAAAUAUAUAUCCAAAUAUAUAUAAUAUAGGUGGUCAAAGAUGUGAACGUAAAAAAUGGAUUAAUGUAGUGGAUGAUAAUUUAUCCGCAAUUGGACAAGUUAUUUCAUU